AUGUACGUGAGCUACCUCCUGGACAAGGACGUGAGCAUGUACCCCAGCUCCGUGCGCCACUCUGGCGGCCUCAACCUGGCACCGCAGAACUUCGUCAGCCCCCCGCAGUACCCGGACUACGGUGGUUACCACGUGGCGGCCGCGGCCGCGGCGGCGGCCAACUUGGACAGCGCGCAGUCCCCAGGGCCAUCCUGGCCGGCUGCGUACGGCGCCCCGCUCCGCGAGGACUGGAACGGCUACGCGCCGGGGGGCGCCGCGGCUGCAGCCAACGCGGUGGCCCACGGCCUCAAUGGGGGCUCCCCGGCCGCAGCCAUGGGCUACAGCAGCCCUGCCGAUUACCAUCCUCACCACCACCCGCACCAUCACCCGCACCAUCCGGCCGCCGCGCCCUCCUGCGCCUCGGGAUUGCUGCAGUCGCUCAAUCCCGGCCCUCCCGGGCCCGCCGCCCCAGCCGCCGCGGAACAACUGUCCCCCAGCGGCCAGCGGCGGAACCUUUGCGAGUGGAUGCGGAAGCCAGCGCAACCGUCCCUCGGGAGCCAAGUGAAAACCAGGACGAAAGACAAAUACCGAGUCGUGUACACAGACCACCAGCGGCUUGAACUGGAGAAGGAGUUUCACUACAGUCGCUACAUUACCAUCCGGAGGAAGGCUGAGCUGGCGGCCACACUGGGACUCUCUGAGAGGCAGGUUAAAAUUUGGUUUCAGAACCGCAGAGCAAAAGAAAGGAAAAUCAAUAAGAAGAAAUUACAGCAGCAGCAGCAGCCCCCACCACCUCCGCCACAGCCUCCCCAGCCGCAGCCCGGGCCCCUGAGAAGCAUCCAGGAGCCACUGAGUCCAGUGUCUUCUCUACAAGGCUCAGUGUCUGGCCCUGUCCCUGGGGUUUUGGGGCCAACUGGGGGUGUGUUAAAUCCCACUGUCACCCAGUGA